AACCCAUAUUAGUAUAUAAAUUGUCCGUUUUAAGAAACUAAAUUAGUAUUUCAGAGGACAGUAAAAUCAAAACAUGAAACGUUUGGGUCAUUUAUUACUGGUGUUUAUUUGCUUGACGUACCUUAUCAUCAUGAUCAACGGUUAUUCGUUACGGCGUUUUCGACCAUUAUACAUCCCUGACGAUAAUUACAAUAUUGAUUUCGAUGAAUCAUCAUUGGCCGAUAACAAACUUUUACUGAAUGCUGGAAGAAAAUUUCCAGAUGACAGUAUAGCGAACGACGCUGUAAGAUCAUCGGAUUCCAACAUAAAUAACAAAAAGAGAAACUCCGAAAUCAUCAGCGCUUUAAUGGGACUACGCAGGGCUGUGUCGAACAACUACGGUGAACAUCAUGUACACGAUUGAAAAUAAUAUUUCAUUUAUGUUUUUUAGUAAACUUAUAAUGACACAAAAAACAAAUUGUAGCGAUUAUUACAACAAUAAAUAUAUAACACAACCAUAGGACAUUUACAAAAGCACUAUAUGUUCAAAACAUUUUUGUUUUUUUAAUAUGUAUUCAAUACGCAUAUUUAUAUGAAUAGUUAAAAUAAAAUU